GAUGUGAAGAAGAGGUACUUUACAGUGUUUCUCAUUCAUGUUGUUGCGAGGAUUGUCAAGACUACAAAUAAUUGAAUUUUGAAUAAAUGCUCAUUUCUAAUAAUUAAUUGAUUCGUACUAAUAUUAUUAUUAGCUCUAAAGAUGGAAUGUUUGAUAGGUAUUGCUUUCAAAGACUUCGUUAUUGUUGCUGCUGAUAGAAAUGUUUGUCAUAGCAUUGUGGUCGUUAAAAAAGAUGAGGAUAAGAUGUAUAAGCUGGGUGAUCACUUAUUGAUGGCAGUCUGUGGAGAACCUGGUGAUACUAUUCAAUUUGCAGAAUUUAUCGCAAAAAAUAUUCAACUCUAUAAGAUGAGAAAUGGUUAUGAAUUAUCACCCACAGCUGCUGCUAACUAUACACGUAGAAAUUUAGCUGAUUUCCUGCGUAGCAGGACUCCCUAUGCUGUAAAUAUCUUAAUGGCUGGAUUUGAUAAAGAUAGUGCUGAAUCUGAACUUCAUUACAUUGAUUAUUUGGGAACUAUGGAUAAAUUGCCGUAUGCAGCCCAUGGUUAUGGUUCAUUUUUUGCUUUAAGUAUCAUGGAUCGACACUACAGACCAGACAUGAGUCAAGAAGAAGGUGUUGAGCUUGUUAGAAAAUGUAUUAAGGAGCUGAGUCAUCGCUUCCUUGUCAACUUACCUUCUUUCUCAGUAAAAGUUAUUGAUGUGAAUGGAAUACAUGUGAUGGAUGACAUUCUGACUUCUACUUUUGCUGCUUAGUUAUUUUGAAUGUCUUUUUAUAAUAAACAUAUUUACCCCUUUAA